CUUUGUUGUCCACAGAUUUCAUAAUUUAUUGAUUUAUUUGUUGUACAUUGAUGAGGUCUCGUGCGUUUUUCAGAGGCUGAGGUUGGAUUCUUGAGUUCUCCCAAUCCAUGGGGUGGUCCCGAAGAAUCUGAGAUUCAGUUGAAGAAGGGUCAACUGAAGCCAGAAGAACAUGGGUGGUGUGAUUCUAGGUCCUUCAAUUCUUGGGCACAACUCGGUAUUUGCAUCAAAAGUGUUUCCAACCAGAGGCAGAACUGUGCUUGACACCUUAUCAGUUUUUGGUUUCAUGCUCUUUAUCUUCCUGAUUGGAGUGAAGAUGGACCCAACCAUGGUCCUAAAAUCAGGAAGAAAGGCCUUAGCUAUAGGAGUUUUAGGCUUCUUUGUACCUUAUGCAUUGGCAGGAAUAGCCGCCCUCAUCAUCAACCAAUGCUUCUCUUUGGAUCAUGAUGUUACGAGUAUUCUUCCCCUUAUAGUGGCAUUACAGUCCAUGACGUCCUUCCCAGUUAUUGCAUGCUUUCUUACAGAGCUGAAGAUCCUAAAUUCAGAGAUUGGACGGCUUGCCUCAUCUUCUUCAAUAAUAUGUGAUGUGCUCCACUGGUCCAUUUUGUCACUGAGGUUCGUUUCUAAGGUAGCCACAGAAAAAUCGGUAACGUCAUCAAUAGGGUCCUUUUUAUCUAGUGCCCUCCUUAUUACUGUCAUUGUGUUUGGGAUCCGUCCUGCAGCUUUGUGGGCAAUUAGACACACCCCAGAAGGGAAGCCUGUAAAAGAGAUAUAUAUUUUCUUCUUCCUCGUUGCAUUAAUGGGGUGUGGGCUCAUGGGUGAAGUAAUCGGUCUCAGUGCCCUUGUUGCGUCUUUCAUUUUGGGCUUGGUCAUACCAGAUGGACCACCCUUAGGAGCAGCAUUGGUAGAGAGGCUCGAUUGCUUUGUUUCUGUGCUUCUUAUGCCGAUCUUUUUCACUACCUGUGGAUUAAAUACAGAUGUUUUUGCCAUACAGAAGUUGAUGAAUGCGGGUGUGAUUCUGUUGGUUGUUUUUGUUUCUUUCGUUGGGAAGAUCAUAGGAACAAUAUUACCCCCGCUCUUCUGCAGGAUGCCAUUCCGAGAUGCCCUCUCUCUUGCCCUUAUCAUGAACUCCAAAGGCAUUCUCGAACUUGCCAUGCUGACUAAUUGGAAGAAAGACAAGGUCAUGAACGAAGAAUGCUUUGCCAUUAUGAUUAUCUCUGUGGUGGUUGUAACAGGAGUUAUCUCACCCCUGGUAAAAGCCCUGUAUGACCCUUCAAAGAGGUUUAUUGCUUACAAAAGGAGGACUGUCCAACACAGCAAACGCGGUGAAGAACUCUGCAUACUGGCUUGUAUCCACAGCCAAGACAAUGUCAAAACCAUCAUCAGCCUCCUUAAUGCUACCAAUCCCACCACAGAUAGCCCCAUGAAUCUAUUCGUUCUCCACCUUGUUAAGCUGAUGGGCCGUUCCUCCUCUUUACUUGUUGCCCACCGGCCGCGUGAAAAGCCCUCUUUAUACCCUACACAAUCUGAACAAAUCUUCAAUUCCUUCCGGAAGUUUGAAGAAAGAAGUAGGGGUGCUGUCAUGGUGCAUUGCUUUAAAGGCGUUUCACCUUAUGCAACAAUGCACAAUGAUGUGUGCUCCCUUGCUCUAGAAAAGAGAACAUGCAUUGUAAUCAUCCCUUUCCACAGGCAACGGAUCAAUGGGGAAAGGAUAGAAGCACCCUAUGUUUUUAGGCACCUGAACAAGAAUGUGCUUGAGAAAGCUCCUUGCUCUGUUGCUAUCCUCAUUGACCGUGGGAACUGGAAAAAGGGUCGCUCUGCAAUGGCAGAACCUUCUUCUUAUCAGGUGGCUGUGCUCUUCUUUGGGGGUGCAGAUGAUCGAGAAGCAGUAGCAUUGGCAGGACGAAUGUCGGAGCACCCUAAUGUAAAUCUCACUCUUAUCCGAUUCUCUUCCUUGAACGAAAUAGUAGGGGGUACAGACAGGAGCAAGAUGCUUGAUGCUGAAACCUUAGGUGAAUUCAGGCUCAACACCCUGCACAAUGAGCAAGUUUCCUACCAAGAAGAGGUGGUGACAGACAUAGCGAGUGUGCUUGCUGUAACUAGACCAAUGGAGAAUACUUGCGACCUUGUUAUGGUUGGGAGAAGCCAUGGCCAGUCACAAUUUAUGUCUGAGCUCACAAAAUACAGUGAACACAGAGAGUUGGGGACCGUAGGAGAAGUACUAGUUACCACAUAUUCCAAAGGCAGCAAGGCUUCAGUUUUGGUCGUGCAACAACAGACCAGAAUAUGGGGAUUGCUAAACCCAGAGGAGUCAUUACACCUGAGAAGAGUAAACUUAUAGGGAUUUUCUGGAUUAUGACAAUCCCAAAAAGAAUAUGUAAAGACUUUAGUUUCAUUAUCAAAACUGCAACUAUCACCUUCAAAUUAUGUGAAA